AUGGUUUAAAUGUGAUUAUUACUUUCCCUUUGCAUAGUCUCCUUCAACCUUGUCCUUCAACGAAUACAUGGUUAAUGGCUAAAAAGAGUCCAACUUAUUAGUCUGCAAAGGAAUUGUCCUUUCCUCUUGAAUAUUUCAUACAUGAUGACACCUAAAAGCUAAUGUUUGAAGUGUUUUAUGAAAGUAAUACCUUCGAGUAGCCUACAGUGAGGAUUCCAUCCUCACCAUGACCGCGCUCCCUUCAACAAUAGUCUGCGCGCGCUCUCAUCAGUAGAGGCGAGAAGCGCGAGCGAGUGGCGCGGCGUCUUUAUGCUACCUCGAGAAAAGGAUGCGAAAACCUUACGAAACUCGUUUCCAGGUCAACAGGGGGUUAGACUAGCUGAAGGCGACCCCCGUUACGAUCUUGAACGCGCUCGCUUUGAAUCCUCCACCCACAGCAUACACAAUUGACGCGCGCGUUUGGAGCUUGUGAGGAAAAUGCUGACGCGUUGACGGUGCGUUUGAUCUGUUUGUCAGCGCUUUUGGCGUGUAGACCGCUGAGGGAUAUUUAUUACUCUUAAGGACUUUUUUUAUGGACUCGAAUGAUCGUCCCAAAUGUCUUGGUUGUGCAAACGCUUAUGGAGAGCGACAUGAAUUUGGAAUAUUUAUAUAUUAUGAGACAUUAAUCAAAACGAAGUGUAGGUUACGACAGUAGACUGCUGAGGAUUUUUUUUUUAUUACUCUUAACAACUUUUUAUUGAGGCGAACGAUCGACGCAAAGAUCAAUUUAUGUGGAAAUACUUUUUUUUUUUUUUUGUGGGAAGCAUAUGUAUUUGGGAAUGUUCUGAAUAGCUGUUAAUUUAAACGCAGAUAUGUUUUAUUAUUUAUACUCAAAACUCACACUGCACCAUUUUUAAUUUAAAGAACGUUUGUGUGCAUUUUCUCAUUAAGCCAAAUAGCCUAAGACUUCUAUAGCAAACAAACUCGAAUGAUUAUCAGAAACAUCCCAUUUAUUUGACACUUUUUUGGAGACGUUUUGAAUGGUAUUAAAAAAAGGCAUUCAUUUCAACGACGUGUUUCACGCGUUACAGAAUAUUCCUGGCUCUUUGAGACUUUUUGCUGGGAACGAUCGUCGCAAAAGUGGAAUUUGAAGAUGUUUUCAAUAGAAUACGGCGCACUAAUUAUUAUUUAUAGGCCUACGCAAACCUCGUAUUGCAGAACAUAGUUCUGUUUGAUCUCAUUAAACAAGAGAAUAUCGUGUUUAUGUGAUACUAAAUUUGAGAAUAAUGUUCUGAAAUGUAUAAUUCUAAAGCUGCAGCUUUAUUUCCAAAUAAUUUUAACAUUUGCAAGUUGCAUCUUAUUAAACCAGGAAAUUCAUGUCUGAGGAAACUGGUAUGCGCAUUUGGAUAAACUGAAUGAGACUUCAGCAAGAGUUUGGCGCAACUACAUCCACUGGUGAUGCCGGAGGUCACUUCCACCAGAAGUGAUAGGCUAAAAUCCAAAGGCAUUAUGUUUUUAUGCAACACCACAGCCAUCAAGGACUGGAGCUAUUUUCUCUCUCAAAUCUUGCCUCUUGUGAACAAAUCAGCGGGUUUUGUUCAUCAGAGUAUGGAUCGGGUGGAGGCGGUGACGAGCACCAUGGUGACGGCUCUGGAGCCCGACUUGAGCGGCUUGAGCGCCAGUCACCCGCCGCUUAACUCCAAUCACACGUCCGGGUUGGAGCACGUCUUUCAGUACUCGUACUCCGAGAGCGACUUGCAGUACACGGACUACAAGACGCCGCCGAGGGACUCGAUACCGCUGCCCAAGGCGGUGCUGUACCUGGUCAUGGCCGCGCUUGUGGUGGUGGCCGUGGCUUACGCGAUCGUGGGGCACCUGGUGAAGGAUCUCGUGCAUGAGUUCGUGGAGUGGGUGUUUGGGCCCCGUUCAGACAACCGCAGUAGCAAGAGUGAAGUGAACUGCAUCAGCAACAGCUUGAAUGAAAUGAGGGAACUCUCACAUUCAGUGGACAUGCGCUGCAUUGUGUACAAUCACUCCGAAUGCCAAAGCGCCAUUAAGCCGGAAGAAGUGGUGGUCACCAUUGAUGAGACCUCGCAGCUACCUCGUGAAGCUUACAGUGGGACCUAACUGAGAACAAACCACCACCAUUUGAUACACCCUUUAUUAUGAGGAGGAAAGCAUGUUUGCUUUAGUUUGAUCUGCAUCUGUGAUGUUGAAAGCCGGCGCGUUGAAGUCACAUGGCAGAAGACUUUUCCUGGGAUGAGCAAAACUGAAGAAUCUGGGAGACUUUAGAAGGAAUGGAGCCACUUUAAAGUACAUUAAAUGUUCCGUAUAGGAGCGAUGUGAGACACUUUACAUUUUCAAAUCGAAUAGAGAAAGAGGAAAGACACUUCUUUAUCAUUCAUAUCAGUCUUAUCACACAAUAUUUUGGUUUAUUUUUCUUGUUUCGUGGAGACAUGCACUGUGAAUCUAGAAUAGUGUUCUGCUGUUAUCCAUUUCCUAUUCUACCUACAACCUGCUAUGGUUUGAUUUUCCCACUUUUUGCAGAUAUUUAUGGCUGAGUACUUAUAGUAUCUUCAAAUACUCACAUUUUACUCACUAUCAGGUUUUCUGCAAUUGACUAUGCUGCUUGAAAACAGAAAUGCUUAGAGAUCUUCUCCCUACAGGUUACUUGAAAAGUCAAGUAAUGAAGAUGGUUUGAAUAUACAGCCCUUGAUGGGAAAAAAAAGAUAAAUAGUUAAUCCACAAUGGCAAAACAAAACUGCUAAUGUGUUUUAUUUUCAUCUAAGGCAGUGUUACCAAAAAUAUGUUUUAUAAUGGAGAAAGACACCACACAAACACUUCUCACUGAAAAUAUAUAUUUAAAUGAUAGAAAACAGCAGUUAAUAGACUUUUGAUAAUAUAUUUGACUUAUAUGUUGGCAGAUUAUCUUAAAGAUUCAUAUCUCUGUACUUCACAACUAAGGGCUAUAAUUUCAGGUUUCACUGCAGAUAGUCAUCAUAAAAAAACUUGAGGACAGCUCAUCACAUUUUUAAACAGAUUUUCAAAGUCAGUAUUUACAAAUAAAUCAAUAAAUAAUUGGCUAAAUUUAUUCCUCACAAUUGUCUCAAACUGGCAAAAGAAAAAAAAAUGCUUUAGAAAUAACAUUGAGAUGUCAGAUUGAAGGUCCUGUACAUUUCUUCUGUCCUACAUUUUUAUCAAUAAAGGGAAAAAAUAAAAUAAAAA